CCCGUCGCUCGCUGAUCCAGCUGACCUGUGCGUCAGACGCGUGUGUUGGAGCUGAGCCGAACACGACAACGAGUCGAAGCCGAGGAGGCGGCAAUGGUGGUGCUGCACGCGCCGACGAGGCUUUCACGACUCGAGCCGGAGGUGCGCAGCGAUGCAAGCAGCCGCAAGUCUCUUGUGGACAAAGAGUGGUGUUCGAGGUUGCGUGUGAGGCCGAGCCGCGGAGUCGCGCGACCUCGUGAUUCGCGUCAGCCGCUAGCCGCGCGCGACACGGCCAAACAUCCUCCAAGGGGCCUGGGGCGAACCUUAUCGUUCGAUAUGUAAAAAAUAAAAAAUGAUAAAUAAUGACAAUCAACGUGAACGCCGGCCAGUGGGACAAAACUCUCUAACUACAAAUGCGAAAUAAAAUGGAUAGUAGGUGCGGCCAAUGUCGCA